AUGUCUCAAAGAGGUAAAGGAGCAGUAAUUGGCAUUGAUCUUGGAACAACAUACUCAUGUGCUGGUGUCUGGAUUCCCAAAAAAAAUCGGGUGGAGAUCAUACCUAAUGAACAAGGAAACAAGAUCACUCCAUCAAUGGUGGCAUUCAAUGAUACAGAAGUCUUGGUAGGAGAGGGUGCAAAAAAUCAGAUCUCUAGGAACCCAACUAACACUAUAUAUGAUGUUAAGCGUUUGAUUGGGAGCAAGUUCGAUGAACCUCAAGUGCAUAAGGAUAUGGAGUCAUGGCCUUUCAAGGUCAUUAAAGGACCUUCAGAGAAGCCAUCUAUUGUAGUCGAGCUCAAGGGUGAGGAGAAGAAAUUUGCACCUGAAGAAUUAUCAGCCAUGGUUCUCAAGAAGAUGAAAGAGGCUUGUGAAGAAUUUCUUGGGACUGAGGUUACGGAUGUUGUGAUCACUGUUCCGGCUUAUUUUAGCAACAGCCAACGAGAAGCAACAAAGAAAGCAGGUAUCAUAGCCGGAUUCAAUGUUAUGCGUUUAAUAAAUGAGCCUACAGCAGCUGCAAUUGCAUAUGGUGUCGACAAUAUGACAGAUUAUAAGGAUAAAAACAUAUUAGUCUUUGAUUUGGGUGGUGGAACCUUUGAUAUAUCUCUUUUGAAAGUCGAUAAAACAGGUGGUAUUGAUGUGAAAGCUGUUGGGGGUGACACUCAUUUAGGUGGUGAGGAUUUUGAUGUAACACUUGUUAAUCACUGCAUAAAGGAAUUCAAGAAAAAACACAAUGACGACAUAAGUGGAAAUCCAAAAGCUUUGGCAAGAUUGAAAGUUGCUUGUGAGAAAGCAAAGAGGGACUUAUCAUCAACAACACUAACUUCAAUCGAAAUCGAUUGCUUAUAUAACGGCAUCGAAUUUUCCACUAAAAUCAGUCGUGGAAAAUUCGAGGAACUAAAUUCAAGUUUCUUUGACAAAUGCAUUCAACAAGUGGGUAGAUGUUUAAGUGAUGGGAAAAUGCAAAAGGAGGAAGUGGAUGAGGUGGUUCUUGUUGGUGGAUCGAGUAGGAUUCCAAAGGUACAAAGAAUGUUGGAGGAUUUCUUUAAUGGGAAAAAACUUUGUAAGAGCAUGAAUGGUGAUGAGGCUAUUGCAUGUGGAGCUGCAAUAUUGGCUGGAAGGUUAAGCGGAUUUGAAAAAGAGAAGAAACAAGAUAUGGUGUUGUUGGAUGUCACUCCUCUCUCACUAGGAAUAGCAGUUGAUAUUGUUGAAAUCGGUGAAAAAGAUUGCAUGAGUGUUGUUAUUCCAAGAAAUUCAAGCAUACCCACAAGCGUGAAAAAGAUAUUUUAUUCACAGGUGAAUCAAAGAACAGCACGUAUUUCGGUUUAUCAGGGUGAGGGCGUCAAAGUUAAGGACAAUAUAUUACUUGGGAAGUUCUCCCUUUCAAGUCUUACUCUAGGUUCAAAUGGGGAUUCAGAGUUGGAGGUGUGCUUCACUAUAGAUGUCAAUGGUAUCCUUUUAGUGUCCGCAGAGGAAAUGUCCUCGGGUCUGCGAAACUCGAUUACAAUCACCAAGAUCUGA